AUGGCGGUGAAGAAUAUUCAAAUAAAACCACAGCCACCUUUGAAUGCCGAAACGAAACCGUUAUUAAUAAUAAUACUUUUGGUAUCGAGAACUGUUGAUACUGUUGCAAUUGCUGCUGGUGCAUGUUUAAUAUCAGCUGUUGUCGGUUAUUUAAGUUGUAUAAGUUACAGACGUUUCCUACAGAGAAAAUAUGGUAGUAGUCAAAUAUUAAAUCACGAAGAUGUUUACGACACGACUGAUUUAAAAUAUUUUGAAAUAUAA